GUCCCCUUGCCCGCCUGCCCGCUUCCUCCCUCUCACCCACUCACAGCACCUCGCGUACCCUCGUCCGCUCCGUGCAACCUCGUGUAGCUACAUCACGAAGCCGCAUUUGUGGUACAUGUCUUUGUGGAAGUACUUUUUGUCCAGAGGCUGUGUACUGUAUUUUUUCUGUGUGCUCGUUGGCAUUCCAUUUCGUGGUCAGUAGUGUGUGAUUUGAGGUGAAGAGCAAGGCGGUGGAACUGAAGUGUUGUGGUGAGGACAUACUGCGGGGCGGCGAAACGUGUUGGCUUAUGUGUUAAUAAUAAAGACUUGAGUCCUCUCAUGUUUACUACAACCGCCUCAAUCUGAAAGACUGGUUUCGGUGGAACUUCUAUUUCAUUGCGCGUUCACGGUAAAAGUUUUACAACGGGAAAAUACUAUACUGAUCUUCACCAACACCAAGGCGUAUGACAUGGAAAAUAAACAGAAUGCUUUUAACAGAUCUUAAGACCUGGCCAAAUUGACAGCUGACACAAGGAAGAGCAAGAAGACAAGUGUAAAGACGAAUCGCAAGAACGAAAACGCGAGCGAGAAAAUGUCAUAAACCUUACUUUUACCUCGAUGGCAGAAAAAAGGCGAGUUCCUGCCAUGACAUCCAUUUACAAGCUGUGAACUGUGAGUCACAGAGCCAACUCCCUUUAAUUACGGUGGUGCAAGUGAAUUCCAAAACAUCGUCUCCAAAAGCAUGAGAACGAGAACCUACUAUGGAAGGAAUUGCAGUCUGGUGUCUGGAAAGCAAGAAGUAUGAUGGAAAAAACUAGACCCGAAGAAAUUGCAAAUAAUUAUCUAAAUUCGCACAUAGACGAUUUCCUUGCGGCCUCGCUGAUAUCGAUGGACCUUUCAUUAUAGUGGAUAACCUAUCCUGAUUGACCGUCAGCUUUGAUAGCCUCCUGCCUUUACUGUCCUUCAAUCACAGUGGAUAACCUCUCACCCUUGGAUAAUCAGGAAAAAAUAACUACACCCAACCAGACAUACUUGAGCACAUUUUCCCGAACCACAGCCCGUGCUCACGCUCCGCUAAGCAUCCCUCAGAAACCUCCUUCGUCGCCUCCUUCAUAAACCUCAAGGGCGCCUCCGUCAAGAAGCCAAGAUGUCCACCUGCUGCCGCUGUCUGUGCUGCAAAGAGGAGAGCUCCGACGACUCCGACUUGGAGGAGGAGGUGCCGCUGCCGCCGGGCCUCCUGCCGGUGCACAACGAGGCCAAGGCGCAGGAGACCGUGCCCAUCCACACGCCCUCCGCCAGCAGGGAGUGCCUCCUGGACCCGCCCCUUCGCGAGAGACUCCGGCAGCCGCAGCUGAGCGUGAGGAAGCAGCUCUUCUCGAUGACGGGCUGGAACCUCGCUAUUUACCCCGACAUGUCCGUCAAGGGUACCAGGGAGUUUUACAACCUUUACGCCAUCAUGGAGGUCAGGGCCGUCGGCAAGGGGGAGGUGCAGAUCCGCGGCGUCGACUCGGGGCUCUUCUUGGCCAUGUCCAGCAAAGGGAAACUCUACGGAGAGGUAACUCCUCGAAUGGCGGGAGGCGAGGAUGAAGGAUGUAGGGAGCUAGAGAGGAAUGACAAGGGUAGAAAUGGUUGUGUGUCCCGACGAGUUGAAGGAGAACACGGUGUGGGUCGAGACGCUGUCAGGUGCCUUCUACAACUAUCUGAGCAAAAAGUAUGCCCACAUGGGAUGGUACUUGGGCAUCAAGAAAAGUGGUAAGGGCAAGAAGGGUCACAAGACAGAGUACGGCCAGAGGGCAGUGCAGUUCUUGCCCAGACACCCGUACCCGAUCGGAUAACAUGAAG